UUAUAAUUUAACUACGCUUUGCAGAUGACUGCAACUGAGUCGAGACUCUCAUCUCGACUCAUUAUGUAUGAUUACUAUUUACUACAUUUAUAGUUUUGUGAGAAAUGUAUUAUUGGAAUAAGGUCAAUUUUGACAAAACAAUAAAUACCUACUUAAGUAAUAUAUUUAUUGUAGCGACUACAUUUUUUAUGUGCAUUAACUAUUAUAUAUACCACUUACCACUAUACCUACUCUGAAUCUGAAAUCUAAGCAAUAAAUUAAUAAAACAUGCAAGAGUUAAUAUCGUUUAGGAUUCAUCCGCAAUCGGAGGUACAUACAUGCAUAUAGGGAGGAAAAUAAAAUAUGAUAUUUAAACGCAUGCAUACCAAGGUGGAUUUAUCAUAAAUCUACUUUGAUGCUAUUUAAAUUUAUUAUAGGUAAUUUAUCGAAAACUUUUUUGGGGAGCAUUAGAUAUGCAGGCACUCCUUCAAUCCAAUUCAAUACAUUCAUACAAUUUAUAAGUCUUUAAAACAUAAUAUAAAAACAGUCAACAAUUGGGAGAGUAGAUUAACAAAACGCGCUCUGCGAAAUGUUUUUUGAAUUUCUAUAGUGAGUAUAGAUAAUUUGAAUCCAAAAAUAAAAUUCUUCAAAUUAUGUUUUAAAAAAUAAAACGUUUAUAAUAAUUGUAACGGUACCUAUUAUUCAGUUAUUAAUUUUCAAUGUCUAUGUUAAUAAUAUACAAUUUUAAAUUUUAGGCCUAUAAAUUAUAUUUAUAACUUUUUAUAACUUUAUAUUAUUAUGUAAUCUAAUUAAUAUUAGGCAAUACUGAAAACUAAUCGUGCGUUAGAAAACUAACAAGUAACAGGUAAUAACCAUGUAAUUCUAUAUUCUAUGCAAAUUACCAUAAUAAUAGGUAAAAGCGAUACCCGAUAAAUGGAAUUUAUCUUAUCCAGUCUUUUUAUUAAUAUGAUUAUGUGAUAAGGUUUCAGUAAUUUCUUAUUUCUACCCAGCUUAUGUCUAUUAGUUUUUGUUACGUUAUAAAAUACAAUACAAUGCAUUUAAUCGUAAUAAUACAAUUUCAAUUAACCUUGUUGUAUAAGAAAAUCCAAAAGUCAAUUAAAUAUAUUAUAGAACAGCCAAUAUGAUAUGUACCUAUAGAAUAAAUACGCACUGCAGUAUACACCUUUCUGCUUCUCGUUUAAUUAACUGAAUAGUUAGUCGAAAGGUCGCAAUAAAUGUAUAACUCUAUUUGUCUCUCAAAUAGUUAUAACUUAUAAUAUUGUACAUUUGUACCUAGUUAAUAGUAAUCUUAAUUAUUUAAUAAUUUUAAUAUUUUUAAGUGACAAUAAAAUCUUGCACAUUUUUUUUGUACAAUAAAAUACUAAGCCGACGUGAAAUGUUUUAAAACUGUCAAAUCUUAUUGCCUAUUGGUAUCUCGUUUAGGCCACUCUUUUAAUAAAUAAUUAUGAGGCUCGUAGAAACUGGAUAAGCUAUCUGUCUACGUUAUUGCUAAUUUUUUUAAAAUUAUUUAUGAUUAUAAUUGUUCGUAGUAACAAACAUACUGUCGUAAAACUGUGGCCUAAGUCAAUCGAUACACAUAUGCGAUAUGCAUGUCAAAUGUAUUACAUCAUUGAAAUAUUCAUCUUAUAUUUUAGUUUAGUGUAUUAUACUAUUAUUUAAUACUGAAAGAUUCGUAAUAAUAUUAAUAAUAAUAACAAUAUAAUAUCAAUGCGCAGGUCCAUCUCCAUGACCUUAAAUGAUUAUUAUUGGUAUAAUUUGAUAGUUUGAUACACAUUUUCCGAAUCGUAUUGUAAUAUAAUACUAUCACUUUACAUGUAUAUCAUAAUAUAUACUAUUUGUUUCAAACAUUUACUCGUAUUCUAUAGAUAGAUAUUCUCAAUUUAUUGCAGUUCUCCAUUAAAUGUUCCCUAUAAUGUACAUCAAUGCUAUUGGCUAGAAAUAUUUUAUAUUUAUUUUGAUAAUUUAAUUUUUAGGGUAACAGAAUGAGCAAUAUCAAAGAUCAGAAUGAGAAAAUUACUGCGGAUAAAACCACUUUGCCCGAGAAUAGUAACUGCAAUAUAAACACUAAAAGUAUAAUUAGUAUAAACAAAUAUGCAACUGAUGAUGAUGGUCAAAAUAAAUUAAUUGGAAACAAUAGGAAAACAGAGAAUAUAAUUAUAGAUGUCGAGGUUGAAAAAUAUUCAGUUUCUAGUCUUUUAUGGAGAGAUUUAUAUCCUCAAGUAUUGGCUAGUUGUAUAUCUUUGUUAAUGGUGAUUCAACCGGGAAUACAUUUAGCUUAUUCAAAUAAUAUGUUGCAUCAUAUGCCGUCAAUAAAUAAAGAUCAAUUGUCAUGGAUAGCAAGUAUUUCGGUGUUGUGCACACCCGUUGGAGCGUUCCUCGUCGGUUUGGUGAUGGAUAGGAUUGGUCGGAAAAAGGCUUGUCUCUUGACUUGUUUACCAUUACUCGCGUCAUGGAUAAUAGCGACUAUUUCAAGUUCUGAUAACAUCUACACGUUUUAUGCAUUUAGGUUGUUGGCUGGGAUCGGCGCAGGAAUGACUACGGUGGGCAUAGUGUACGUGUCGGAAAUCAGUCACUCAUCGUACAAGCAGAUAUUGUUGUCUCUGAACAGCGUUUUCUUUUCUGGUGGCAUACUGCUCUCCACCUGUUUGGCGGACCUGGACUGGAAAGUCAUAAAUUUCUCGUUCGUCGUUUUCACGGUCGUCAACAUGUUGCUCAUAAUAAUUUACUUGCCGGAGAGUCCGAUAUGGAUACUGAAGUUUAAGAGUUCCGAGCACGUUGAUAAAGCCAAAAUGGCGGUGAAACAGAUUUAUCCGAACGAUAAUCAGGUGUUCGAAGCUGAGUGGAGGCGCCUGAAAUCCGCGUCAGAUGACAUCGCCGGAACGGACGUCCGGCAACCGUCAUUCAUCGAGUCCGUCCGGUCCAGUCCCGCGGCGUACAAGCCGAUGGCCAUACUGUCGCUGCUGCUGCUCCUCCAGCAAUUGACCGGCGCCUACCCGACCAUAUCGUACGCACUGCCCAUACUCAAGUCGGUGAUGCCUGCCGCCUACUCGCCGGCCACCGAUAUCCAGUCAUUGGCCGCGCUGGGUUCCGUCAGGUUUGCGUCUGGCCUGCUGGCGUGCGUGCUGUCGUUGCGCGUGGGCCGGAAACCUCUGCUGGUGUUCUCGUGCGUGGCAAUGACGCUGUCGUCCAUCCUGGUGGCGGCUACACACAGUAACCGUGACGCCACUGCCGUCCCGUGGGCCCUGUGUGGCGUCAUGCUGUACGUGUUCAGCAGCUCCGUCGGCGUGCUCGUGUUCCCGUGGACGAUGAUAUGCGAAUUGCUAUCCACGCCCGUCCGGGCGGUCGGUGGCUGCUUGCUGGUGUCGUACGCUUACCUGAUCAUGUUCGCCGUUCUCAAGGCGUUUCCUUACAUGAUGGCCGCCGUUUCAGUGCCACACGUGUUCCUCAUGUUCGGCGUCGUGUCCUUGUCGAUGGCCGUAUACGUGCAUUUUGUCCUGCCCGAGACGUUGGGCAAGAGCUUCCGAGAAAUAGAGGAUUACUUCACCGCGCGAUCGAAUAAAACAUCAUAAAGCUCGUUCGCCGAUAACAUGAUAAUAUAUUAUACACUCCCUGUUUGGCGAACAUUUGCAACCGCUACACUUCUCAUCAUCAAUAUAUGGGUGGAAUUUUAAGCGGCGAACUCAUCCGUAUAAUCAAAAAAAGUGGCUCUAUAUAACACUUUAUAGUCUAUACGUAUGUCUUAUAUAUAUAUAUAUAUAUUAUAUAAUAUUAAUUAUUAUGUACAAUAAUUAUCGCUCAAACUUAUAUUUUUCUAAUCACGUCAAACCUCUCUCGCCCUCAUCUCCACUAAUAAAAUAUUAUGUAUACAUAGAUUAAAAUAUUUGCGUAGGUAUAUAUUAAUCUAACGUUAAUCAAUACGAACGAUCUUAAUUCUAAGUGUUAACUUGUUAUUGUAUACGACGUAAUUUUUAUAAUAAUAUAAGCAUAACGUCUAUGUAAUGUAAUAUGUUUUAUGAAUGGUAAAUCCUCAUUUCAAGUGUAGUUGCGCUGAAUAUUUACGAAUAUUUACAAUUAAUAAUAAACUGUUUACAUACAAAUUAUUGUGUACUGGUAACUGGUACAAUUUAUUCGUUAUAUAAUAUAACGAGGUAUUCUAAUUUCGAGUUCAAUUUACGUGUAGAUUAGAUUAUUAUAAUUAGUAUGAUAAUGGGUAACUAAUAAUCCUGUUCAUCGCAAUUUUCGUUACCUUUAUAGUGUUUCAACACUGUUGAUUUUAUAAAAAAAUAUUAUUAUUUAGUGAUAUUUUACGUACCCGCAUUCUCUAAUAUAUAUCAUGAUAUUUAAUUUAUUUUUUUUAUAUUUUAUUUCGCACACAUAUAUUAUAGUAGGUACAGUUGCGUAACCAGAAUUUUUUUUGGGAGGUGUUUUAUUUUUAUAUUUAAAAUAUAUAACAUGUGAGGAGCUUACAUACUCUGUGUAGUCAUCGAUCUUCCAAUUAAUAAUAUUAUUAAUAUGAAAUAGACCAAUUUGAACCCUUAAUAUUUUGUAUAAAUUUGAAUCAUAUAGUAUUAAACUCUUAUAGUACAUACUUUUUUGCAUAAAUACGGCCGAUGUGGGGUGUUUUAAUACCCAAAACAACCCACUGACAGUAUUGUGCAUAUUAUGUUGUAUAACAAUAUAUUUUUAUCUUAUCCAUAUAAAUAAAACUGUGAUCUGAUUAUCUGCAGAUAAUUAGAUAAUAUUUUUAUUAAUUUCACUUUAUUUUUUCAGUUUUUCUAGUUUUUCUCUUUUUUACUUAUUUACUUAUUUGAAAUUUAUAACAACGCGCCAUAUGCAGCCACAAUUAGUUCAAAAAGCAUCAUCCGAACUGCGUAAUAAUUUUGAAUGUUAGUAUGUUUAACACUAAACAAAAUUAAGUUAAUUUUUUUUAGAUUUAAUUUUUUGCAUUGAUUAUAAUGAUUUUGUGCAAUAAAUACAUUUUUGUCAUAAAAA